CCUACACCUGUGACAACUGGUUUCAAUGUUGCAAAACUGACAAAGAAUUUAUUAGAAUUGCUUUAUAGAGAUUUUAACCGAUUUCGAUUAUUUAGUUAAUAAUAUUAACCUAAAAUAUGCUAAAAUUUUGUUAAGAAGUUUUAUUUGGAAAUUUAAUUGACGUAUAUUUGAUAAAAUAUGCAUUCUUCUUAUUUUAUUUGGUUGGCAAUAUAAUUUCAGCCAAUCGCAUUCGAGAUCAUUGUCCGCAAAACACAGAUGUACCAACCAAUGAGCACCAACGAGAGUGGAGGAAUUUUGAAAAAGGGUUUUGUUCAAUUUUUGUCAACAAAAGUCGGGGCAAGGGGUUAUGUGGGAUGUUGUAUGGGAAAAACUCAUUCCCUUGAAUGCUCAUGAAUAAUAGAUUAUUUAACCUCUGCAGGUAUCCAAAUGCUGGGGCCUUUAUGUGACACAUUUGAAAAGCUGUCGUCAGUGAAAAGAUGGGCGACGAUGGAGAGGGUUCUGCUUCAAAAAUGUCCUUGGCCAAGCAAAUUUCCAAGAAGAAAGGUGGCGAUCAACUUAGCAGGGACGAUUUUGAUGCUGGACCGCCCAGUGUUGAUGUCAUUGAACCAGGACUCUUGCUAGGAAAUUUGACAACAGCUCUCGACCUGGAAAUGCUUGAGCUUCAUGGAGUUAAUCAUGUUCUCACUGUCGAUUCAGUACCAUUGCCUCGUUCAGUCACAGAAAUUUCAUAUAUUAAAACAAAAUUUAUUCAAGUCACAGACAAUGAAAAGGAAGCAUUAAUAUUACACUUUGAUGAUGGUGUUCAGUUUAUUAACCAAGCCAUGGAAUCUGGAGUCGUUCUUGUACACUGUUACUACGGCGUUUCAAGAAGUGCAACUUUAGUUUUGGCUUUUUUAAUGAAAAAAUAUGGAAUCGAUUUUGACGAAGCAAUGGAAAGAUUGCUACAGAGGAGGAGAUUUGUUCAACCUAACCCUGGCUUUGAAGCGCAGUUGCGGCUUUAUGCUGAAAUGGGUUGGCAGAUCGAUCCAAAGCACACAAAAUACAAAUAUUUUAGACUCUCUAUAGCUUCGGAUAAAGUUCGAAAAGCAAAAAUUUUGCCCCAAGACUGUUUGGAUGUGGUAAAGCCUGAUCCUUUUCUUGCCACACUACACCCAGAGCCAUUGGUCUACAGGUGCCGUCACUGCAGGAGGGUCAUAGCUUCAGCUUCAAACGUUUUUCCACAUCAUGUCGCCUCUGACAGCAUUGGAUGGCAAGCAAAGAGAGUUAACAGCGUGAGGAAAAAGAGCUCUGGGAGCAUUCAGCCAGUUCUUCCAGCAGAAACUGAAGGAACUGGGAAAACCUGCAACGCAACUCUUUUUGUCGAGCCCUUGGCUUGGAUGCAGCCCUUGAUUUCUCACCAGCCACAAGGAAAACUACUCUGCCCCAAAUGCAAAGUCAAACUUGGAGCUUAUUCGUGGGUUUCUGGAUGCCAAUGUCCCUGUGGUGUGAAGCAGUCACCAGCUUUUUACUUGGUUCCAUCAAAACUGGAUUGGUGUACAGUUGUGCAAAACCUGCAAAUGACUGUCUGAGACUUCUUCCAUAGCAUCAGUGAAAAAACUGUUUUGUUCUUCCAGUCUGCUGAUAAUUUUGUCAGUAAUUACAAUUCUAAAAACUUGUUAAGAAGUUCCGCACUUUGUGAUCUCACUUUUCUUUAAACCAUGUCAGACUGGGUCAGACUUAAAAUUUUUGUUUUUUAGAUGUGCGCAAACUUAAACUUGAUCUCGGAAGUCUAAAAUAAUCUUAUCUGCAAAUUUAGACAUUGCAGCCAAUAUUGGAAGUUGGAACUAAGCUAUCUGCAUUGAAUGGCCUCUGGAAUUAUAUUUAAAAUUUUAAAAUUAAUGACAUGAAUCUCUCUGAUGGUGCAAUGAAGUUGUUUCAAAUUAUAAUAUGGUUCACAAAUGAUAUGAUAUGUUCUUGUGUAUAGCUUCCUAUAUGUCAGCUAGUAAAAAAAAAAACACACUGCUCGAUCUAAUCUAAAAAUAUAAAUUUGCAAA